AUGGGUUCACGGAGGACAGUCAAUCAUUCCCUGACGGGCAGUGGGAGACCCCUAAACGGGUCAGACGUGAGUGGAAACAGUCGGCUCCCUGGAUGCAGCUAUUUAUCCAACGUGAGGCCGGAAAACAGGAGCACUCUGUGUAGUGUCAUCGCACAGUUAACAGAAGAGACUCAGCCUUUCUUUGAAGUAACUCUGAAGUCUAAAGCCGUGUCGCAGAGCUCCAGUGCCAAGUUCACCUGUGCUGUUACCGGGCACCCUACACCUCAAGUCACUUGGUAUAAGGAUGACAUUCAGUUAGACAGAUACUGUGGUUUACCAAAAUAUGAAAUAUUCCGCAAUGGUCCGAAUCAUUCCCUGCACAUUUACCAUUGUACUGAGGAGGAUGCAGCAAUAUAUCAGGCCUCUGCCACCAACACUAAAGGAAUUGUGUCCUGCUCCGGAGUUCUUGAAGUUGGAGAGAUGAAUGAGUUUAAGAUCCACCAGCGAUACUUUUCCAAACUUAAACAAAAGGCUGAAAACAAACGAAAGGAGGCGGAGGAAAAGGAAAAUCACGAACCAACUCGGACCAUCAGUCCUGACCGAACUCAGCGGAAGCGGCGCUCCACUGUGGGGGGCUACAUCAGUGCCCCCAGCUCCACAGAGGACGACACAAGUGACGAGAGUCAGCAGGAGGCUGCAGCAGGGAUCAGUGAGGUCAGCAGCAGAGUACAGGAGAGCAGUGUGGAAGCCUUCACAUACACUAAUGGAACUGUGGAGUCCAUAGAGCCACGUUUAUCUACAGAUCGGGACACCAAAGAGGACACUCCUUCAAUUGGAACACACGACUCUGCUCAGAAGGUGGUUACUGGCGUGCCGCAAACCAAAACCCCUCUUAUAAAGAAAUCUAAGAUCAAUUCAGCUAAGGCUAGUUCUGAAGAGAAAAAGACACAUCAUGUGACACCAGCACUGCUUCGCCUCAGCCUCCAUGUCAACAGGUCAGACAGGAGGCACCCCAAAAGGGAACAAGACCUGGCCAAAAAAGUGGGGGUGUGCCUGUUUCAGUGCAAGGGAUGGAGGCGACACAGCCCCAUGCAGAGUCGCAGAGGAAUGAGGCACCUGUUGACCUUGAGCUACAGCCCAAGCUCCAAGCAGCAGUGGCACCAGAAACGACUACAUGUAAAAAGACCGAACGGGAUCGGCGUGGCACUUCUGCUUCUGCCUAAUGUAGAAGCAGCAUCACCCAAGAUAAAACGCUCUCCCCUCUUGAGUAAAAAGAAGUCACCAGCAGCUGAUGUUCCAAACCCACCAACCUCUGAGCUUCCAAAUGUAAAAUCUGAGGAGGGCCUUGCAAACAAGGUCAAGAAUGACCCUUACAGAGCUCCACAGGUAAUUCGAAAGAUCAGAGGGGAACCUUUUGCAGACCACUGUGGAAACAUGAAACUGUGGUGCCAGUUCUUCAAUGUUCUCUGUGAAUCAACAGUCACAUGGUUCAGAGAUGGACGGGUCAUUGCAAGCAAUAUAAAAAGUGCAGGGGAUGAAACCCAAGUCAAUCUUGCUCUUGCCCAGGCCACAUGCCUCGACACUGGUGUUUAUGGAUGCACAAUUUCAAAUGAGUUUGGAACAGACUCAACUGACUUUUUGCUCAGUGCUGAAGUCUUACGUGGAAUGUCACUGCGAGAAGAUCUUGGUGUUGGGGAAGAAGUUGAACUGACACCUCUGAUCUUCAACAAAGGCGUGGCAGAUACUUUUUGCAAUCCGAUUGGAUAUGGAGGUAAAUCAGAAGGUCUGCUGACACAAAACAAUCAAGAAGGUGUUAAACAGGCAUGUCAAUUUCAAAACCUUGUUCGUGAAUACUGCAAGAUCUUCUCAACAGAGGCAAGAGGAAUAGAUAAUUUUGGCUCCUUCCUUGAAGUGAUUCCGGUUUACAUGCUGUAUCGGCCAGCAAACAGCAUACCAUAUGCCACAGUGGAGACAGAUCUGACCGGCGUGUUUAAUAGAUACUGUGGACUGGAUCACACUGGAAAAUUAGACAUGAGGAGUGCUUCGGAAGUGGAGCAGAAGUGCUGUGCGCUGCUGCACUGGAUCUUUCAAUGGACCAAUGGAAAUAUGCUGUUCACCAAGCUCGAAGGUGUUGACUUUAAGAUCACAAACAUCGGUAUUUCUGUCAAAUCACACGGGCACCAGGGUCUCCCUCUUGUGGGAAAUCCAAAAAUAUUUGAGCAGUUUGUUAUCCAGCAUCAAUGUAAUUACUACUGUGGCCUGCUGGGUCUACGUUCACUAAAGCCCCCAGACCGGGCGAAAGACUUCUGCGAGCCCCAGGACAUCUAA